AUGACUAAUGAAUGUUGUGCCUGCAAUGCAAGUGUACUUGUCACCCAGAAAAGAAUAAAAUGUGUUAAAUGCCAAGCUCAAUAUCAUUUAGAGUGUAUAACAUCCUUUGGUAACAAGCCUAUAGUAACGCGAGGACAGUGGACAUGUCCAAAUUGCCAUAAUAAUAAUCGGAACAAUAUUAAUAAAGCGCCAUCCCCACCACUGGCGAACACAAGCAAAGAUAAUUUCGAUAACCAUAGCGACUGGCUAGCUGCAAUAAGGAACGAAGUAAAAGAGGUACUAUCUCAAACAGUCAGCUUAGAAUUAAAAAGCAUACGUGAGGAACUAACUGGUUUGCAAAGUAUUAAACAAUCUUUAGAGUAUUUAUCUAGUCAUUUUGAUUCAAUUAAGCAAGAGUUGGAGGAGGCUAAAAAGGAAAUAACAAGCUUAAAAAAGGACAAUUACGAUCUUCGUCAGGUGUUAAAUUCCCAAAAUAACACAAUUAAUAAUCUGGAGAGAGAAAUAAGAGCUACUAAUCUAGAGUUACAUUGUGUGCCAGAACAUAGGAGUGAAAAUUUAGUCACAACAAUUGAGCAGAUCGGAAGAGUAAUAAAUGUACCAUUAACAGAAGGUGCAAUUUCUAAGUGUACACGCAUAGCUAAAAUUAAUAAAGAGACAUCACGUCCGAGAUCGGUUCUAGUAAAAUUUAGCAAUCCUUUACUGCGAGAUAGUUUCCUAGCAGGUGUGAUAAAAUUUAAUAAGAGUAAUCCGGAUAGUAAAUUAAAUACAUCACAUCUUGGCAUUUCUGGGGAUAAGAAGCCAGUGUAUAUAUCGGAACAUUUAACUUCAACGGCAAAGGAUAUUUACGCUGCGACACGAAUUUUCGCAAAAGAAAAACAGUAUCGGUUUGUGUGGUCACGUAACGGUAAUAUUUACCUUCGAAAAUCGAUAUCAAGUGACGUAAUACUAGUUAAGUCGAAAGAGUUUUUAAAAACAUUACAA